AUGGUCGACAUUGUCGACCAUCACUGUCUUCAGCACAAAACGGUACCACAGUUUGCCAUGCGCUCCAUUAUCUUUGCGCUGGACAAGAUUUAA